ACCCACCACAGUCAUGGAGUCCUGCCUCAUUUCAUUCUCAUUUUUACGCUCUUCUCAUUAAGCAAAGCAUCAAUUAGAGCAUCCAGACUCUUCUAUGGCUCGUUUUAAGGCCAAGCCUGGUGCAUUGCUGUGCGUUGAGAACAACGGAAUAACGGGACAAAUUAAAAUUCAGUGCCAUCCUUCAUACAGUAGGUGACUGUGCAAUAGGAUUGUCUAUUGGCAUGUAAUGUAAGAGGCUCAGAUGAUAAUUUAUUUAUGCUAAACACACAGUCCAUUCCCAGUGAUGCCUUUUAAUCUUUUGUGUGUCGGGGCAAAAAGUUUAAUCUAUAUACCUUUGUAUAUCAAUAUAUAUAUAUGUGUUGUAUACCACCGUAUAUCAAAAAUGGUACAAGGGAUCUCUUAGGAUCUCUUAGAGACAACAGCAGAUUACCUUAUGAGUCAAAAUUUUGAUCAAUUACAUUUUGCCGGAGAUCCAAAUCUGGAACAGUUUCCUGAAUCUUUAAUUAGAAUAGUUCCGCAAACAUUCAAUGACAGGAUCAUUAACAGUUCCUGAAAUGCAGCUUUCUUUUCUUUGAUGAAGAUGUUUUUUAACUACCGAUUUGGCAUGUUUGCUGCAAAAGCACAGCUAAGCCAGGGACUGAAAGAACAGAUGAAGUGGAUACCAAAUUAGAAAUUAAACAACAAAAAUAGCGACUUCAUUUCCAUUCCCAUCUGUUAGGUUUUAACAAUCUACCAGACAACUUGGACUCUGACUCUGACAACUCAGACUUGCUUGGACACAGUUGUGGGCAAAGGAAAAAAAUCAGUCAUUAACAGCUUUAGGGACUAAAUGAUAGGGAGAGGGUGGUUACUUCAAUACAGGCAUCUGACCUUUUUGCCCUCAUAGAGGUAUCCUCUGGUUGGAUAACAGUGAAAACUGACUUUCUUGAACAGCCGCAUCUAUUAGCCAUUCUUAGCCACACCAAAUCUGUUCUGAUUUUAUACAUCUAAUGUACUGUACCACUGGGACAAAUAUGCAGGUUAAUGCACAGAUAGUCUCAACAUUAUCAGUGUAGAGGAUCAUUUAACAUUGACUACUAAUCACCAGAGACAUUUUGUGAAAGUGCCCAAAUGUGAUGUGCUCACGUGAACAAGGCUCAGUCUGUGGGGAUUCACUUCUGUGCUCAUCUUGUACUUGUAAGGGCCAUGCUGGAGCCUAUACUGUACCAUCUACUGGUUGGGCAAGAGGACAGAAUCGCGGUCCAUCAGGGCCAUAUACAGUGUAGAGGCAGAGAAUCACUCACACCUAGAGGAAAAAAAAAAUCUGUUUAUUUUACAUUUAUUUAUACUUUUUAUAAUGAAAAUAGUUAUUUCUUUUUAGAGCUACGUAUGAAUUGUCAUACUAAGCAUUAAAAGCUUGGUGUUUCUAAUUUUUAAAAAAUGUUGAGUAUUACAGUUGUUUUCUGCUCUAGUAAGAAUGUACAGUACUGCAAAUGGAUGAAGCUUUACUUUAAAGCCAGUGUUGCAGUGUAGAGUUAAACACACUAGUAAAGCAACUGUGAAGUAAAAAGUAAUGGUCGAUGGAAACACAUCUGUGACUACCGAAUAAACUGAUUAUUCAAUUUAGUUCAAUUGAAUUCAGUUUAAUUUAUAUAGCACCAAUUCACAACAAAAGUUAUCUCAAGGCACUUUACAAACUGAGGGGCUAGAGAAGAGAGAAGAGAACAACAGGAGACGUGUGUCGACUAUAUCACUGUGACCAUGAGCACCACUUGCCGCUGCUGCCCUCUGAACUGGGUUGUUGAACUACUCACAUAAUUGCUGCACUGGUAACACUUUUACUAUACUACAUGUUAUCACUAUAGGGUUAUGUGAUGUUGCAUAAGGCCAUGCUGUCUAGUUUCUUUCUAGACUAGAAAGCGAUAUAGACACAGCAUUCAGUUCACCAUCCGCCGACAUGGCAGAUGAUACCGAGCAGGCUGUCCAGUCACCAACACCAGCUUUGUGCAGCUUUAAAACAAGGAAAUAAUCUAAUAUCUAGCAUAUUUUAACCAAUUAUAUGGUCAUUUCACUGGGAAAAUUGGACCUUUUGCGAUCAUUUUGAAGUUUGUCUAUAUGCCCGACCUAUCGGCUAGUGUUACUGAGGCGGAUUCUGAUAGAGCUUUAAAAUAAUCUCCAGUGAGGACAAUGAGGAGAGGCCAUCUAAAACACUGCAGAUGGCAUGGGUGGUAAAAGCAGAUUUUGGUUCUGCCUUUUCUCUGCAAAGUAAUAUCAUCUGUCACCCUUCGUACCUUGGCAUCAGUACAGCUAAAUAUGAAACAAUGCCAAGUUGUAAAAUGUUGUCUGGCAGUAUUACAAACCCCCUGCUCUGUCUUGAUAUUUAAUAACCUUUAAAAGACACAAAUCUCUUCCUCCUGCUGGAUUUUCUACAUCAUAUUUCAUUGUCUACAAGAUAUACAUGGAGCAACACAUGCUCGAAAACACUAUGCUUUGCUUUUAGGCAGGGAAAACAUCCCUGUUAAUAUAGUCUGAGUGCUUCUCACCAGCAGACUAAUUAUGCUUUGAUUGUGAGCUCCUCCAAAAAAAGGCAUACUGAUUGCAAGCAGUUUGGUGUGUGUAGAAACAAUCGCGUUUACUGUACCUCUAAAUUGCUUCAUCUUGAAUCAGAACCAUGCGAGUCAGUGGCACAGAGGAAUUCUGCCUGCCGGUCCAACUCAUUUCAAACAUGUCGUACAGUUGAACAUCUGACCAUCUGAUGCAGUAAUCGUACUUCCUGACUCAAGAUUUGUGCAUCUAGUGUGUUUGGUUUUUUUAGGUGUUAUCCUGUAGCAUGCAGCCAUAUUUAGUUUCUGCUUAAACCUAUCCCAACAGCUAUGGCUGCUACCGUAGAAUUUAUGACAGUUUCAAACAAAAGAUCUAAUUGUCUGAGAUUGUCGACUGCCAUUGGAAGCACGGUGCUUUAAGUACAUGCUACAUGUAGGUUUUUAAACCAAUAGAAAACCUCUUGGUACACAGAAAAAUGUUGUUUAAAUGUUUGUGUAAAUGUACAUGUUAAGAGAACUGCUUCCUUAAUUUGUAAAAUGAAAUCAAAUUGUCCCAAAUCAGACAGAUAUAUAGUGUAUACAGUAUGGAGUCUUUAAAACAUAAAAAAACAUAUUUGCUGAACAACUUGUUAUGAUGCAAAGAAUAUUUGGUUGGAAGUAUAAAAGUAAAAUAAAAACUGCAUAUCUUAAUGAGAUUACUAAAAAGGAGACGAUGCAUAGCGAAUACUGUGACGGUUAACUCCUCCGGCCACCGAAGUUUCUUACAGGUCUGUGUGUGUCAUUUGCCUCCGCUUCCAUUUGUCUGUUUUGCAUUUGGGCUCGUUUUGCUAGUGUUUACAGCGUCCUAUGUCAGUAGCUGUUGCAGGGGUCUGCAACCCUGGUCCUCAAGAGCCACUGUCCUGCUGGUGUCCAACUCUCCCUGCCCCAGCUGAUACUGAUCUCCUUGACCAGGUGUUCAGUCAAUCAGCAGCUAACUGACACACCUGAACAAGGUGAUCAGCAGGAAAAUCAGUUUGUCUUGUUGAAACAGUUCGCAUGCAGCCUACAGUAUACGUCUGGUUCGUUUAUUUUGUUUUGAUAGUUGAGGGUGGAAACAGUAAUUGUGCAAUGAGGUGAAACUGAUUUAAAGUGGUAGAAGAGUACAGAGGUUUCAUUUGCUUGCUGUGGUGGCCAUGAAGGGACCUGUUUAAGGAUAUGGCUCGAUUCCAAAUCACUUAGUAUUGCAGUUGUUGACCCAGCUGAUCCACCUGCACUCUGCUUGUCCUUUUCUCUCUUCCGCCUCCCCUUGCCCAAAUCGAUCGAGGCAGAUGGCAUGGUCUGCGAGAAAAACAGCAAGUUACUCUAACUCUCCAUCAGUGGUUUUUAAGAUAAUUUGGAAAAAUCAUCUCAGUUCAUUGUCUAACAAACAUAGCUUUUGAAAGGAGACUUCACUCUAAGAAAAUAGAUGUGCAGCAGUUGCAGUGUGUUGCAACCAACCCCUGAAGAGCACAGAGCUAAACAUUUGAAGGAGCUUUAUCUUGAUACGUAGAGACAAACAAGCUUUCAAGUUCAAACUGGAGCGCAGUGUAUGAGGCUAGAAAUGGCAGAUAUUUUGCAGCUACAAUAUGUACAGUAGAUGAAACCCAUUGAAAUGAAUGGGUCUAGUUACAAGCAUAGGCCAGAAUACUAGGACCUUAGCCCUAGGAGGUCAAGUUGCCAAUAAUGACAUCAGGCCAUCCCUCACAUGACAUCCUACUGUCGCCAGUCUGUAUUUUGUCUUUUUAAAGGAACAUUUUCAUGGGAAUAGUAAAAUCGCUGUCUGUCUAUUUCCCACUCUUUACAAUUGCAUUUGUCAAGAUACUGUGUCAAACAGUGCCUUGGUCCAGGGCCCAUGUACACUAUGUAAAGACAGUCAUUCAUGCAGCCCGGGGUCAGGACCCAAAAAUGGGUUUUGAACCAUGACUGGGUUGCCAGCACUAGUGAAAACAGAGGUUAAUGCUGGUAUAUUUAAUUAGACAUUUUAUUUUGGCCUUAUUAAUUUAUUCUGUCAUUUACUGUAUCAUCGCAAAAGUUAUGUUUUGUAAUUUGUUUUUAUGCAACCAAAUAAUGCAGCCAAAACAUCCAAUAAUGUCUUACUAGAUCGCUAUAAUUUGUGUAAAGUUUUGUCUAACUUUGUUUAUUAUGAAGCUUUUAUUACACGCAGUAAAACUGUUUUUAUAAGCAGCAAUAAACUAGCAUAAAAGUGAUAAAGCUCCACAACUGCAUUGAUUCUAAACACAAUGCUGGACGUACAUUUUCAUAAUAACCCAGCCUAUGCCAGGGUUUUUUUUUUUGUUGGUGGUUUUUUGGUGUGCUGUCUUCACACUCCUCAACUGUAGGUGGCGAUUAUGCCCUAAUGCUAGCUGGCACCUGCCAGUUGACUAAUUGAACAUAGGAAAAACGCUAAUAUGUCUCCCUAAAAACAGCAACUUAGAAAACUGAAUUGUUCCAUAAUGUAGUGUUGGUUGUCACAGGUUCAGUGAGAAUUCUAUACACCCACCACAGGAUCCAAAUUGUUACACUGAUGCCAACUGACUGACGGCUGACUGACGGCUUCAGUGCAGUAUGGUAACAUAUGUUCAUACUCCCGCAUCUCCAGUGGAUAACCACUAAGGACUGAUUGCCAAUAUGCAAUGCAUGUAAGGGACCAUCUUUGGUGUUGUGACCCCAGGCGGGAUGCUGUUGACAGCUGGUCAGUAUGAAUCUGCUGGACUUGUGGCUGUCACGCUCCAUCCCCAUGUGCCUGCUCCUUCAGAGCCUUGUCCUUAUGGCCUUGUGCUUCCCCUCGGCCAGCAUGUGUCCAAAGGGUUGCAUCUGCCAGCUUGACCCACACCUUCAUGGGCUCAACGUUACCUGCAGUCAGUCACGACUCAAAGAGAUCCCCCCUACCCUCCCCGUUAACACCGUCCUGCUGAGGCUGGACCAUAACCAGAUAGGAGCUGUGCCUGAUCAAGCUUUCCAUGGACUUAGGGUCUUGAGGGAGCUCAAUCUUUCCUACAAUGCAGUGGAGACUUUAGGGGAAGGGGCUUUUAGUGGUAUAGAGGGGACCUUACAGGUAUUGGACCUCUCCCACAACCGCAUCACUAGCGUACACAAGGAUGCCUUUGCCCGGCUCAAGGCCAGAGUCAUUGUGGAUGAUAACCCCUGGCAUUGUGACUGUGCCCUCCAGCAGGCUAUUAGUGGAAUGGCGCACAAUCGUGAGGCCACUGCCCGAGUCCUCUGCAGAAGCUCCGAGCUUCAUGACCUGGAGGGAAGACCAUUCUUGGCAGUAGACACUGAUCUCUGUAACCUAGCCAAAAGGACCACAGACUACGCCAUGCUUGUGACCAUGUUUGGCUGGUUUGCCAUGGUCAUUUCCUAUGUAGUGUAUUACGUUCGUCAAAACCAGGAGGAUGCCCGGCGUCACCUGGAGUACCUCAAGUCUCUUCCCAGCAAACCCAAGAAACCAGAUGAGGCUGAUGACAUUAGCACUGUUGUCUGACAGUCAAAAAUGUGACUGUCAAAAAUGACAAACAAACCUACUGAACACCAAAAUGUUUAUGUAACAGUAUUGACAUUUGUAUUGUUUCCUAUUUCAGACUUUAAGCUUAUGUGAGCACCAAAACUUCAGACCAAUCUUUGUAUUUUGAAAAUUUUGUGGUACUGUAUGUCUUUGCAUUUACUUGUCCAUGACUGAGAAAGGAUGAGAAGGGAGACCAGUUUAUUAGGCACUAAUAUUGUUUUUUGUUUUUUUUGUACAAAAUAUCUUAUGAGAUCUUUAAAAAAAUCAAUCUCAGGUUAAAAAUCAACAAGGUAAUAUAUUUCUAAAACAUGAUAUUUAAUCCCAGAAAACAAAUGCUACUUAAAUGUCAAUGAAAAUCUCUGCUUGUUCUGUGUUAAGAUGAUCCUUAGAACUGGUAUUGGGGCCAAUUCUGCACAUUUGAAGGGACAAAUUUUGGCUAAAUUAAAGCUGAAACCUUCUGUCUCUGUUCACUUUUAGACUACAGACGCAGUUCUAAGUUUGGGGGUGUCUACUCUUUUACUUGCCUGUUGCCAGCCUUCUGUGUAGCUCUGUGCAAGGCUGGGUGGGGUGCUCAAUUAAACAAGUUAGAGCACGGGGGAGAGUUUAUACAGUAUGUGCCACAAUGCAUGUUAACUAUACAUGUACAGGCAACCAAAUCUGUCAUUAACGUAAAUAGGCAAUUUAGAAAAACAUGUUAAUGAGAACACAAGAAAGAGAAAUACAUCUAUACUGCACUUUACUGAUUUUCCAUUUUAAUAAUACAAAUGAAUAUGUCUUAACUAAUCUAAUUCCUAAACUAGUUAGACUUUUUAUCUGACUGAAGGUCAGAUUAACCAACCCUUCCACAACAUAUACUGGAUUAGGUUAGCAUUUUAGCAGUAAAUAGUUCUAAAUGUUAGAUAAUAAGUUCUCAAUCACUAGCUCAUGAACCAUGAUAUUCACACAUUUACACGUGUUCAUUUAAGUAUCAGCCGCACUACACAAGAUACUGACAAAAUAAAUUCAGAUGCACUAAUGACAACAGAGCUUAAUGCUGGUAUAUUCAAUUAGACAUUUUAUUUUGAUAAGGCAUUAUUCAUUUCUUCUGUCAUUUACUGUAUUAUCACAAACGUUAUGUUUUAUGUUAUUUGUUUUUAUGCAACCAAAUAAUGCAGCCAAAACAUCCAAUAAGGUCUUACUAGAUUGCUAUAAUUUGUGUAAAGUUGUGUCUAAUUUUGUUUAUUGGAACGCUUUUAUCACACACAGUAAAACUGUUUCUAUAGGCAGCAAUAUACUAACAUAAAAGUGAUAAAGCUCCACAACUGCAUUGAUUCUGAAAACAAUGCUGGACGUACGUCUUCAUACUAACCCUGAUUUUGAUUCCUAAAAAAUAAACUGCAAAUUUGCAAUGGGAAAUAGAAAUCAGGGUGUGUUCUGUUUUUCAACAUGUGUGGCCUAGACUUAACAUGAUUGUGUUUUACCAUCAUCUGUGUGCUAAGUGAAUACAUGUUGAACAGCCUGGCAGCAGUCAGCAUGUCAUAUUUUCAAAAACCAUGAGUAGUUUUAAGACCUUCUUUAUACUACCUGCAACUUAACAUAUUUUUUGUGAAAUGGGCUUUGCACAGACAUCCAUGAAACUAUAGCUGUGUCAUUUCAGUGCUGGUUGUCUAUAGGGAGCUGUAUUUGGCAUUAGGUUGACAAAACAGGUGCAGUAACCAAAAAUGAAAAAAAAAAAACAUAUGUAUGUAUUCUGUUACUUUAUAAUGAAACUGUAACUGAUAUCACAAAGGGGUGAAAUUGUUUUCAAAUUUCCCAAUUACCCUGUGUAACUUUUUUAAGGUUAAGGGGUUGGUUUCAAUUGGUCACGUAUUGUAUGUAGUCUUAAGGAACAAGUGAUGACAAUAAAAGAAUGAUCAGCGCUAAGUUCACAGGAACCACUUGCAGGCUGUGUGUCCAACAGCUGUGGCUCAGCUGUUGGAAACUUUAUUACAAAAAGAGAGAAUCAAAAUUAACCAGAACUCACUCAACAACUUGGGCUUUCUGCCACGUAGCGUAAUAACAAAAGUCCAUUCUGUGCAACACGUGUGGAAUACAUUUGUGAAAAGUGAGAAUCAUGUGCAAUGAAAAACAAAAAACAUUGGAAAUAUGAGUUUUUACAUUGCUUUUACCAUGACUGGAAAUUUUUUUUAUAAGACAGAAACCCUUGUGUAACUGUGAGAUGGUUAUCCUUUCUGUUUACCCCUUUUAUGUCGUUGUGUGUUAUAGUGACGUUUGUCAAACGAAGCUAGAAGUAUCAGUAAUAACACACAAACACAGUGUAUGAAAAUUGUACUUGAAUGUAGCAGGUAUUACUAGAAAAAACCAUUAAAACAUUACAAAGCUUCCUACAAACCAAACAGGUUUGUUACACUUAUGCCAGUCAACCACUCUGACACUACCUCCUAAAGUGGCUCAAAAAAUAGUGCUGGUUUAGUAACUUUGAUACAGCCAGCAAGGCAUCGUAUACCCGCUUUAUCUGGGCCAUGGACAGUAGAAUUAUCGAACAGUUACCGAUUAUUGAACAUCAGGGGCCAUCUUUAAACCAAUCCACUGCCCUAGAACUAAUGAUGACACUGGAUGAUUUUCCUCCUCACAUUUAAAAUUAUAGGCUGGAUAUACAGUACAGUAAUAUGCCACUAAAGCAGCAAGCAUUUGUAGCAUGUCUGACUUAGAUGGAUUGUCCAAAUAACACACGGUAGCUAAAGAGAAGGCAAAGAUGAAGAGAGAUUGUGUGAAAAGUGGAGGCAAGGAUUGAACUCCAACCUUUGUCGAGGUCAAUAAUGUGCCAGACACAAACAAACCUGUUGUCAUUGCCUUUGAGAGACUUGAUGACUCACAUGCUUAUGACACUCAUUUGCUUCUUUCAUCAAGUGCCCCAGUCAGUAAUCUUCUAAUCAAUACAGUCUGUCUGAGAUCACUUGUUUAGUCCAUGCACUCUCAUAUCCAAGGUUUCUGGAUUUCUCUCAACAGUGCGUUCGGGUAGGCUGCACUGUAUAUUUCACCCUUCGGUUUGUGAAGUCUACUGUAUGUGUGUUCCUGUUGUGUUCACUAGUCAACUGCUGUUAGUCAGUCUUUGUGUCCAUCAUUUGUACUGAUGGUCAAAGGUAAGCACAAGAAUAAAUGUCAGUUUAUGUGGCUUGUUCUUGUUAAUUCUUUGUGGUUAAGCAGGUCUAUCACAUUCAGAUUUAGAGUUGUUACCAUCAUCAUUUUAUCAGCUCCAUUCCUUUCCUACAUUUCAAAGGGGAGGCAGGUUUUUCAAACUACCCAACAGCAUACACUAGUCUCAGCUUUAGUAAAUCCAUACAAGCCUCGCUAUUACAAGUCAGGUUUCCAACGCAUGCGUUGUGUUCUUGUAAUGACGCGUGCAAUAGUGGUCCAGGCAACGUCUGAAGAGAAAACUAACACUGCCAUUUUCUCAAAUGAAUCAAAAUGAUCUUGAAAAAGAAAUAAUUUUAUUGUAUUUUCUCCCAGACUAAACCUACUUAAUUCAAAUGACAUUUUGAAAAGAUCUUCGACAUAUUUGAUACUGGGUGUUGGUGUUACUUUAUCUUGUAAAACACUUUUACACUGUAUCUUGUAAAAGUUUACGUUUUAAAUGUUUGUCAGAAUUUGUACAAUACUGGUUGUUACACUGGUGUCUUAGGGGAUUCUGUAUGCAACAAGAAUAAAUAGGAAUAGAAGACUAGAAUUAGGUGUAAAUAGGAACUUUGAUGUUGUGUGAGAUACUUGAAAUCCCUUUAAUUAGUUGUUCUUAAAUGUGCUCCAUCCCUUAGCCUUGUGUUGUAGAGGCAACCUCAUACUCCUCAUGACAGCAUUAGGAUUGUCUAUAUGCAUGUCCAGUGUAAAGAAGCACAGUGUAGCCAAGGACACGAGAGUAUUUCUAAGUGCCUGAAUACUUCUCUUCUCUCCACUUUAAAAGUGACAUCUUCAUUUUUUCCAUGUAUGAUCUCACUGCUUAGUGCAUUUGUCAUUUCGGUUUUACUUUGCAAGCAAGAAAAAAAAAACAUAUCCACCAUGUUGAUGUAACAAGCUUUCACACUAAAUUAUAGUGUUGUCUGAAGUUGUCCGUGCACAGACCAGUGUGUGUGUGAGACAGACUGAGUGACAGCUGAGAAUGAAAAUAUUAGCACUGACUAUCAUGGUUGUGUUGUAAUGGCAUGAAAAGAAAUAUUAAAUAAAGAAAGUAUGCAUUG